AAUAAAGUUUCACAAGUUAUUUUAAUUUGUGAAAAAAUACUUAAAUGAUCUAUAUUUAUUAUAUAUCUUUUUAAUGAUGAUCCCUCUUCUGGAAAUUUCUUGCUUUCAACCCAGUGAACUUGUCAUUGUUAUUGCCAUUGCCAUUGCCAUUAUGAGUAGGGGUAGGACAGAGGUAAAAAUGCUCAAGGCUCAGUCCCAGGACUAUCACGUUUGACGGAAGAAGCGCCAUGUUUAUCGUGGUUUCCUUCCCAUGAUUUGACGAAGAAACUUUCAAGACUGGCAGCAUUACCCUGCCAUUAUAACACUUGUCCUGACCGAUGAUGAAAUAAACUUGGAAGAUAAUUAGUCUGUGGGAGUGGAAGAAAAUAUGGAAGAAAAGAAGAAGAAAACCGAAGCUUUGUUGCGUGCAGUGCUGAUCAGCAGCCCUCGUGGAGUCCCACUCCGCCGCCUGGACAAGGAGUAUAGGACUGUCACGUUUUCCUCGAUAGCCUUCCAGGAAAUGGGAUACCACAGCCUUGAACAUUAUAUCAAGAGCAUCCCCAAUGUGGCUAUGCUCACGCGAGAUGUGGACGGAGAAUUUGUUGUGAAGGGAGUUGCUAGCGAGUCCGACCAGCAUGUCGCAAAACUGAUCGCUAAGCAAAAGAAACCAAAAAAGAAAGCGAAAACGAAUUCACGAAGGCCGGUGUUUGUGAGAAGACCUACAGUCAUCACCAGACCGGCCAUGGUGACCAGACAGGUCUUUAUGACCAGACCCCCGGUAGUCCAGGUUGUGAGGCCUUUGCCAGCUGCACCUCGAACCACUGGGACAGGAGUCCGUUUUAUCCCACCUCGCAUGAUGAGGCAGGCUGGGUCUCAAGCCAGUGCUCAUUCUAUGGGAAAUAAUUUAAUACAGAGAGGAGUUUCCCGACAAGUGCAGCAACAGGCACAAACCUUUGCAGCUGCUGCAACAAACACUACAAGGAAAGUCGAAGUGCUUUCCAACAGAAUUUUAGUUCAGCAACCUGCAACUUCUUCUAGGAAUGUUACUGGGGCUCCUCAUCAAGGGGAAUCUGCUCCAAAGAAAAGCUGGAAAAAGAAACCAAAAAGUCCAGCAAGUGGACCCAACUGGCAAGGAAUGGAACUGUCUGAUUUUGACCAUAAAGAGGGAUCUGUAGAGCGUGUAGUCUAUCUGUCAAACUCCUCAGCAUCUACAAACAGAAUAGCACCCCAAAGUAAUCCUCUAAGCGAGGAAGACUUAAAAAUAUAUUCCAGGAUAAAGCAGCUGAUAGCAGAUAAGCCCAAAGGUUUGUGGUUAAAAAGAAUAGGACCAGAAUACAAGAAGGCUUAUGGUGAAGAACUCUCCAGCGACAAAGUGGAGAGAUUGAAAACUCUCCCAGAUAUAGCAAGAUGUGAAGAAUUUGCUGGAGGUAACACCAUUGUUUAUCCUCUAAAACCCACGGAAGAGAAGCCACUCACUAAGCCAACUCAUCAAACAAAUGGAGAUUCUCCUAGGACUGUGGAAGUUUAUACACUUCGACCACAAGACUUGCCAGCAAAUAGAACUUCAGCAGAAGUGUCAGUAUCCCAUGUUGACAAUCCAGCUCAUUUCUUCAUUCACCACAAGUACAACUGGGAUGCAAUUGAUGCCUUAAGUGCUAAGCUAAAUGAGUUUUACCAGAGUCAAUCCAGUAAAACUGAUCUCCCACUGGCAGUUGAGCCUGGAAUGUUUUGUUGUGCUCAAUUUUCCGAAGACGAUAGCUGGUAUCGGGCUAGAAUCACGGAAAGCUCCACCAAAGAUGAUACUUCCCAAGUUCAAGUUAUUUAUGUAGACUUUGGCAACCAUGAGCCACUGCCUGUAUCGCGGCUUUGCACACUGAGGAAGGAACAUGCUGAGCUUCCCAUGAUGGCUGUACUCUGUGCACUGGAUGGGGCCAUGCCAUCUGGAGGGGAUACAUGGGGUGCUGCCUCGAUAGACAGAUUUAAGGAGCUCUGUGCUGCUACUGAAUUCUUACAUAUGACAGUUAUCAGAGCCGAAGGUCAUCAUCUGUAUGUAGAGCUUAAAGACAGUGAAGGAAAUGAUAUCAAAACUGUUUUGCAAAAUGAAGGUCACAUAGGGAGAGAUCCACCUGCCGACAAAUUAUCCUCCUCGUCAUCAUCAUCAAGUAGCUCAAAUUCAGCUUUGUCGUCGCUGACAUCAUCAUCCUCAACUGAUUCAUUUGUAUCUGUUACAACUGUAACCUCAUCUACAUCAUCAAGUCUCGCCAGCAUUGUCCCCACCACAGACAGUCCAAGCAGUGAGAGAGAAGCCAAGGAAUCUGAGGAGAGCAAAGUCAACACAAGAACCUUUUUAAGACACAGAUUCUUGUCAAAAGAUGAAGAGGCCCAAAAAAUUCCAGAGAGGGAACAAAUCCCAGAUGAGGAGUUUCUAGAUGUGUUUGUUUGCAAUGUUCACAGCACUGACAACAUCUGUGUUAAUCUUUCUGGAGAAAAUUAUUCUGAGAAGCUAACAGCUCUGGAACAGAGUAUGCUGUGCCAUUAUGAGGAACCAAGUUCUGAAGAGGUUGUAAAAAUCAACCCUGGCAAUAUAUUUGCCAUCUAUUCCAAGGAGAUCCAUUCCGAGGGUCUUUGGUAUCGAGUCAAGGUUCUUAAGGUCAAAGGAGACAAAGUUCAGAUCGAGUACAUGGACUAUGGUGACACAGGAAUGGUGCCCAGCUCAAGCUUGAAGAAUAUUCCACCAAGAUUUCUAGAACUGCCUUUCCAGGCCUGCACUAUCAGUCUCAAUGGGCUGCCUAAAACAAAGAAUUCAGAAGUUGUUCUUAAGCUAAAGCACAUGACACUCAACAGGGAUCUUGUUGCAGAAGUUGUUAAAAGGUCUGGGAACACAGCAUCAGUUGAGUUGUAUGACACCACCUCAUCUGAAGUUGCAGACAUUAAUAUAAACACAAUGCUACGAUCUUUGGUGAUUCCAGAUGAGGAGAUGGCCCCAGUCUUACCAAAGCCUGGAGAACAAAUUGAUGCAUAUGUGACUUAUGUGACGCCGCAAGGAAAUAUAUUCAUUCAAAUUCCUGGUGGUGGAACAACGAGACUGGAGGAACUUAUGCAAGACAUAAGCAAACAUUACUCUCAGCCAACGAAAGCUGCAGAGUUCCUGUCCAAUCCCCACAAGAACAAGAUAUGCUGUGCUAAGUGUUCUGAUGGAGCCUGGUACAGAGCGAUAGUGACUAAGGUCCUACCUAACAGACAGGUUGAAGUGCAGUACGUUGACUAUGGAAACAUAGAGCAGCUUCCAGUAUCAAGUCUCCGUGAACCUGCCAGAGCUAUCGGCCAUGUCAACUCGCUUCCUUUUCAGGCCUUGGAAUGCAAGCUAGAAGGAACUGACAAGCAGGAAUCCUUGACCGAGGAGCAAGGCUAUGCAAUUAUGGAAAGAAACGUUUUACUUGAGGUUGUACAGUCUUCUGAUUUGCCCCUUGUAAGAUUAUUCGUUCCUUCUGAGGAAGACGAGAACACUCUGUUAAACUUGGCAGAGUUAAUAGGAUUGGAAAGUGAAAAACAGGGCGACAUUCAAGAAGAAGAAUCAACUUUUGCUGGAAAUGACGAUGCUGUGUCAGAGCCUCCUGACGAUGGCUCUGUUGAUGGAGACAGCGUGGCAUCUGAAAGCUCAUCAGACGCCAGUAAAUCACCAGAGGAAGGCGACAAGAUCACCAUCCCACCGCCACUAGACUUCUCUCAACCUUGGGUAGACGUCUAUAUUCUGGAAUUUGUAGACCCUAGCCUUUUCAUGUUUGAGUGCUUAGAAUUGCUGAAACGGAAAGAGGAACUGGAAGAGAAAAUUCAAGAGUACUACACUGGCAGAAGCAAAACUCCUUUCAGGGAGGUCAGACCAGGUGUUUUAUGCGCCGUGCACAAUGCAGAGGAUAACAUGUGGUACAGGGGAGUGAUCAAAGCUUCUCUGUCUCCUCAGCAGACCUGCGUGCGUUUUGCUGAUCAUGGAGAUUUUGGAAUUGUGCCCUCGACCAGUUUGCAAGCUUUACCAGAUGAGUUCAGAGAACUGCCCCUGAUGGCUGUUCAAGGAUGCCUACAUGGGGUGGAGCCAGUGGGAGCGGACUUAGCCGAGUGGUCAGAGGAGGCAAGGCGGCGAUUUGAGGAGCUGACGGCGGGCAAGAAACUGGUAGCGAAGCCAAGGGGCGUGGCAAAUCACAGUCGCUCUACUAAUGAAGAAACCAAAAUAUCACUUGAACUUUAUGACACGUCAAAAGGCAACGAGGAUGUGCUGAUUGCUGAGGUAUUGAUCAAUGAAGGUUUAGCAAGACGAAUAAAUGAAACGUAGAGAGAUUGGAAAAAGGGAGAAGAGAUAAAUGGGAAAUUCUCUUGCUUAUGUGCUUCACGAGAAGACCAAGAGUUACUGACAGCUGGAGCACGAAGCCUCUUUAUUAAGAUUAAAAUUACUACGAGCGUCGCGCUUCGUUACCGCGCUCGCCAGGAUCACGUUAUAGUUCAAGGGAGGACAUUGAAGAUAAAAGCGCUUGUAUUGUUGGAAAAGUUAGUAGUCGAAGUUAGUAUGCAGUGUCACGCAAUGUCCGUCGUAACCGUGAUUUCGAUCGUCACGCAGCAUGACGAUAUAGUUUUGCGUAGCGGCUCAAGUUAUGGUUAAAAUAGACCAAUUUCGAUAUAUUAAAAUUCAGCCCAAAACAAUGGACCUCAGUACGAGGCUCUGGGGAAUAACUA